AUGGCACCCAACCCCGCGGACCAGGCGCGACUGCCGCCCCAGGAACAAGAGCCGAUGACUCCACGAACGCUUCAGGAGCCAGAAGCGCUCCUCCGGCAGGCCCCACGCGCGGGUCUUGCCGAAUUACUGUUGCCACGACGCGCACAGCAACCCGACGACUCUCCAUUCGGCUCCACGAACAGCGACAAUGCCCACACCGACACCGACCAGCUAGAUGCUGUAAUGGGAGACGCAGCAGACGAAACCGAGACCGACGAGCCGGACGACCUGCCCGAGGCUCAAGGCCCAGCAGUAACGGUUGCCCACGCGGCAGAGAGACUUAUCGCCAACCAGAUGGAAGCACAACAGGCAAAGCUGGCCGUCUUCCGCGCAUUCUGCACCGCCUUCGACAAGACGGCUGCCCAGUUCAACUCGGGCCACGAGCUCAGCUUCGCGAAGGAAUUCUCGCGCGGCUUCAUUAGCUACUGGGACGACGCGCUCAACGGCGCGCCCACACGCGCCGGUCAGAAUGUCAACAACCGCCACGGCAGAGACGGGACCGCACCGACCUACGCCGCUAUGGCCCAGAAGGGGAUGGCACAGACAAGGGCUCCCCUGCCGGCACGCCUCGGCCCGAAGCCCCGGAAGGCGCCUCCGGUCCAGCCGCCUAAAGAUGACCUGCGUGUCUUUGUGCGGCUCGACGACAAGUCCCCAGCAUGGGGCUAUCAGGGGCAUGCCAUCAGAGCUCACGUAGCUAAGACUCUCAACCUAGGGACAGAACGCAUGCCACAGAUCGCCCGGGUUAAGACUGGAUGGGCUAUACGGGCCUCAGACCGGGAGGCGAGGGACCUACUUGUGGAACGGCAGGACGACUGGGCGGCCCGCCUCGGGGCCGUGGCGGUUGAAGGCUUCCAGAAGUGGCACACGUACGCUGUGGCCGACUGCCCCAGGCAGCUCACGGAUAUCUGGGGGGCCGCCGUGGACUAUGACCAAGCUAUCAAAGAAGAGAUCAAGCUCCAGACAGGUGCCGAACCAAUUGAUGUGCACAUUGCUAGAGAUACUCCGAAAGCUCCGACCAGCCCACUGUGA